AUGCUCAAAUUGAGACCUAGUUCACGUAUCAGCCAGAAGUUAUCUCAUGUUCUGGGCAAGCAGGGAUUUCAAGUAACGACUUAUGCAAGGCCCGAUGAUCUUUUGAUCACCAGAGGCCAAAAUGCUCGUCUUUUCGACGAUUUGCACAAGAAGGAAUACAUUGAUUUUACAGCUGGUAUUGCAGUGACAGCGCUAGGCCAUGCGAACCCGGAAGUUGCCAAGAUUAUGUGCGAUCAAGCCGGUAAAUUAAUCCAUUCGAGUAAUUUGUAUUUUAAUCCAGAAUGUUUGGAACUGAGCGAGAAAAUAGUCGAAAAAACUAAGGAGUUUGGUGGGCAACAUGACUGCGCCAAGGUUUUUCUUUGUAAUUCAGGUACCGAGGCCAAUGAAGCAGCGUUGAAAUUUGCCAAAAAGCACGGUAUCAAUUCUAGUCCCACGAAACAAGCAAUUCUGGCUUUUGAAAACUCCUUCCAUGGCAGAACCAUGGGCGCACUAUCUGUGACAAGCAAUCCAAAAUAUAGGGCACCUUUUGGAGACUUGGUUCCAGGCACGGAAUUUUUGAACGUUCAUGACGAAUUGACUACGCUAAGCAGUUACAUUAGUGCGAAAAAGGACAAAGUUGCAGGUCUCAUCAUCGAACCCGUCCAGGGUGAAGGUGGUGUGUUUCCAGUGCCUGCAGAAAAGCUUUUGGGCCUCAGACAAAUUUGCAAUGACAACAAUGUGGUCUUGAUCUACGACGAAAUCCAGUGUGGUAUGGGAAGAACCGGUAAACUAUGGGCACAUUCACACUUGCCUCCAGCUGCUCAUCCCGAUAUUUUCACGACUGCGAAGGCCCUGGGCAACGGUUUCCCCAUUGCCGGUACGCUGGUGAAUGAAAAAAUCAACAACGCUCUUCAAGUUGGAGACCACGGUACCACUUACGGCGGGAACCCAUUGGGCUGUGCCAUCAGCAACUAUGUUUUGGAUGUGAUCGGUGAGGACAAGUUUCUUGCCGAAGUCACAAGAAAAGGUGAACUUCUUUCCCACCGUCUCAAAAAAUUGCAACAGAAAUUCCCGGCUCAAAUCACUGACGUCAGAGGCCAAGGCCUUAUCGUUGGUGCAGAGUUCACAGAAGCACCUAAGGACGUGAUCAACGAAGCUCGCAAUCUCGGACUCUUGAUAAUUACAGCCGGUAAGUCCACGGUCAGAUUUGUGCCAGCUUUGACCAUUCCAGACGAGGACUUGAACAGCGGCCUGGAUAUUUUUGAAAAAGCUGUGGAGAAGGUCUACGGCUAG